GGAAGAUUUGCGAAUUGGAGUGAAGCUUUGUCCUCGCUCAACAAAGUUCUUCGGGAUACCGAGAGGCGCUGGGGGAUGAGAGAGCCUCUGUGGCCCUGACUAAACCCUCCCACGUACCCGAGUCCCCAUCCCUGCCGAGUUGCCUGCGCUCCUCCGCUUCGCUCCAACCCCUAAUUGUCGCUCUGAGACGCGGAAAAACUACAGCUCCCAGGGUGCAUCGCGCCGAGAUCUGGCCUCCGUGAAUCAGGUGGCUCGGGUCAGGUGACUUCUGGCCCGCCCCACAGUUAAGUCAAGCCGGCGGAGAGAGGCGGGUACCGUCGAGAGCCGCUCUUGCGUCCAGUGCACCCGGUCCUCUGAAGCUAGAGGACCUCAGGUUGCACAAAGCAGUUGAAGAGGGAGAAAUUCAGAAUUUGCUCACUUCCUCAAAGUGGAACCUUAACCAACCCACUUAGCCUCUCUGAGCCCAUUUCCCCACAUUUCUGAGAAAGUUCUUUGAAAUCGAGGAACAUGAUAAGGACGUGGCUGGUUAUUUUUAUCCUGUCCCCCCUGAAGCUUAUAGAGAAAUGUGAGUCAGCAGUCGACUUCACCGUUCCUCCCUCUGUGAAGCUGGAAAACGGAAGUUCCACCAGCGUCAGCAUCUCCCUUCCGCGCCCUUUAAACGCAACCCUGGUGAUCACUUUUGAAAUCACAUUUCGUUCGAAAAACGUUACUAUCCUUCAGCUCCCUGAUGAAGUUGUAGUGCCUCCCGGAGUGACAAAUUCCUCUUUUCAAGUGACCUCUCAAGAUGUGGGACAAGUCACUGUUUAUCUGCAUGGAAAUCAUUCCAACCAGACCAGCCCAAGGAUACUUUUCUCGGUGAUCCACAGCCACAUCUUAAGCAUCAUAAACCAGGUGAUUGGCUGGAUCUACUUUGUGGCCUGGUCCGUCUCCUUCUACCCUCAGGUCAUCACCAACUGGAGGCGGAAAAGUGUCGUUGGUCUGAGCUUCGACUUCGUGGCCCUGAACCUGAUGGGCUUCGUGGCCUACAGCGUGUUCAACAUCGGCCUCCUCUGGGUGCCCUACAUCAAGGAGCAGUUUCUCCUCAAAUACCCCAAUGGCGUGAACCCCGUGGUCAGUAACGACGUCUUCUUCAGCCUGCACGCGGUCGCCCUCACCCUGGUUGUCCUGGUGCAGUGCUGCUUGUAUGAGCGAGGCAACCAGCGCGUGUCCUGGCCCGCCAUCAGCUUCCUGGUGCUCUCCUGGCUCUUCACCCUCGCCGCCUUGAUCGUGGCCGCAGUCGGGUCCAUCACAUGGCUGCAGUUUCUCUUCUGCUUCUCUUACAUCAAGCUGGCGGUGACGCUGAUCAAGUAUUUCCCGCAGGCCUACAUGAACUUUCACUACAAAAGCACCGAAGGCUGGAGCAUUGGCAACGUGCUACUGGACUUCACCGGGGGCAGCUUCAGCCUCCUCCAGAUGUUCCUCCAGUCCUACAACAACGACCAGUGGACCCUGAUCUUUGGAGACCCAACCAAGUUUGGACUUGGCAUCUUCUCCAUCAUCUUCGACAUUGUCUUCUUCAUCCAGCACUUCUGCUUGUACAGGAAAAAACCAGGGUAUGAGCAGCUGAACUAGCUCCCAGGAACCCAGAGGAAGCAGCCCCCGCCCAGGGCCCUGGUGGGAAAGGCUCCACCAGGAAGGCUGGAAGAGCUGUCUCAAGUGCAGGGCUGGCUCCAUGUGGAGAAACAUCCUCUUCCUCAGGGCCAAGUGCCUUAACCUCGAACCAGCCUGCCUGGGGCCAGAACUUUGCUGGGCCAGGGAGGAACCUCCCGGUGGGACUGGCACCUGAGUGUGGAGAUGAAUGGCCAGACCAUGGGUCAUCCCUCCCAGCCUCCCCAGAGAUCUCAGCCCCUCCUGGGCCUUACCGGCCAGGCAUCCGGCCCUCCUGCAUCUUGAUGCUGCAUCUCUAUUUUCUUUAAGGCUUCAGGCAGCCAUCCCAGGCAGGAUUGAGCACUGAGCUUGGACCGGAAGGCCUUGCCCCAAGCAACCAGUGUUUCUGGGAGCAACUUGAAGGACUGACCUUGCAGCUGGGAGAGCCAAGGGCACUGUGCUGCCGCUGCUGUGUUCAGAGACCAAGCAGCCAGGUGCUGUGGCCAAUAGACCCAGUGGUGCUGGUGCUGGUGGCAGAGGGGCUAGGACUUUGGGGUUAGGCUUUGGGAGCCCCCCCCCCCCCCGAAGGCUGCAUUCUCUGAGCACUCACUGUCCUGACACUCGUUCCAUGUAACUCCACUUCCACGACAUGUGAUCACAGGCGUGCCAGGCCAGGCUCGGGUAAAGAAAGUGUUUUCAAGCCUUGAGGUGCCCAACAGAUCUGUUCGGAACCAGAUUCCCAUCCAACAUUCUGGAUCCUUAUCACACCUACAACCCCUGUUGGACUUUCCAGAGGGAUGGAAUGGAAGUGAUGGCUUACUUUCUUCUGCCUUCUGCUACCUCCACUUUCUCCUAGUCGGGCCCCACGUGAGCCCCCCCGACCUGCUCCUUACCCUGAGUGUGGGGUGCAGGACACACACACACACAACCAGUCUGUGCCUUAGAGGCCUGCAGACCUGCCAGGUGGUGAGUAGCUCCCUUGAGGGGAAGGGCAGACCCCCCUCCCUCACCUGAGACUCCCCAAUUUAUGGCUGUUUAGGAGCCUCAGAUAAGGACUUGCGACCACCCCACACAAUCUUCGUGGGCCCAGCCUGAUCCUAAAGCCUCUCCUUUCCCACCCCAAGUAGUUGUCCUUCCUGUGGCAGUGGGGGAGGGGAGGGGCCCAGGAUGUGCCUUGUACAUGCGUCGAGCUUGUCAGUCUGCUCUCAGAUUUGUUUACCAUGAGAUCAGCAUGAGGGACAUCUGUCCUUAAUUAAUUAAACCUGAUUUAUUUCCUCUGCA